AACGGGGCUCGGCUGUGCUGGAGCUGCCCCGCACGCCGCGGAUGGUGUGCGUGGAGUACCCGGGGCUGGUGCGGGACGUCGGGGCCAUGCUGCUGACGCUGGGAGGAGAGCAGGGGGUGUCGCGGAUCUAUGCGGACCCUGCGAAAAGGCUGGAGCUGUAUUUCCGCCCCAAGGACCCUUACUGCCACCCCGUGUGUGCCAAUCGCUUCCCCACCUCCACCAUGCUGCUCAAGGUGAAGAGGAGGACCAAGAAGAAGAAGCAGCAGUUGGAUGGCGAAGAACAAAUCCAGCCGGAAGUCCAGUUUGAAAUGGAAAUUCUUGGGACUGUCACCACCGUUUACAAAUUUCAAGGAAUGUCUGAUUUUCAGUACCUGGCAAUGCACUCUGGUCCUGAUGGCAAACAAACCUCCAUGUAUGACAAAGUCCUAAUGCUCAAACCAGAGAAGGAAGAAUUUUUCAACAGAGAAUUACCUCUCUACAUCCCACCACCAAUUUUCUCACGUCUGGACACUCCUGUUGACUAUUUUUAUCGGCCAGAUAUACAACACCGGGAGGGAUACAACAACCCCCAGGUGUCUGGUGAGAACCUGAUUGGCCUCAGCAGGGCCCGUCGCCCGCACAACGCUAUCUUUGUGAACUUUGAUGAUGAAGAAAUCCCAACUAAACCCCUGGAUGCUGCUGUACAGACCUGGAAGAAAGUGUGCACCAACCCUGUGGAUAAAAAGGUGGAGGAAGAGCUGAGAAAGCUCUUUGAAGUCCGUCCUGUCUGGUCUCGAAAUGCAGUAAAAGCCAAUAUCAGUGUCCACCCCGACAAGCUGAAACUUCUGUUGCCAUAUUUGGCCUAUUACAUGUUAACAGGUCCUUGGAGAAGCUUAUGGGUUAGGUUUGGGUAUGACCCCAGAAAACACCCAGAAGCAAAGAUUUAUCAAGUACUGGACUUCCGAAUUCGCUGUGGAAUGAAAUAUGGUUAUGCCCCUAAUGACAUGCCCGUGAAAGCGAAACGCAGCACCUAUAAUUACAGCCUGCCCAUCACUGUCAAGAAGCCAGUGAGCCAUACGGUCAGUGUACACGAUCUGAAACAAGGGCUUGGUACGUCCGGUGCAGCCGGCACAAAAAAGCCUGCUUCCAGCAGGUAUAAACUGAAGGAAUCCAUCUACAUUUUCCAAGAAGGAGCCUUACCCCCUUAUCGGCAGAUGUUCUACCAGCUCUGUGACUUGAACGUGGAAAGCCUGCAGAAGAUCAUCCAUCGGAACGACGGCACGGAGUCCGAAUGCACAGAGCGGGACGGGUGGUGCCUUCCAAAGACGAGUGACGACCUGCGGGACAGCAUGUCACUGAUGAUAAAGCAGAUCAUCAGAUCCACAAGACCUGCUCUUUUUUCAAAUACAACAAGCAGUGAAGAUGGCAAAGAGCAGCUGGCGUAUGAGUCCGGAGAGGAUGAGGAUGAUGAAGAGGAGGAGGAAGAGGAAUUCAAGCCUUCUGAUGGGAGUGAAAAUGAAAUGGAGACAGAAAUUCUGGACUAUGUGUGAACUCGGUGAGCAGUCUGGCUGCUGUUGGACAGAACCAUCUCUGCACUUGUUGCCCGAGGGCUGAGGGUUCAGCCACUGUCCCCAGGGGGUGGGGAAGCAGAAUUUGCACGAAGACACCGACGAUCUCUGCACAGACUGCAGUGCUGGCUGAUGGGCAUCAUUCCUGAUGUUGGGGAGCCAGUGCCUACACUUUCAUAAUUGCUGGCUAAUAAGCCCUCGAGCAAACUCCCAAGAAAGGGUCCCAAAUCCAAUCCAGCAGGUAAUACCCCAGAAAAGAGGAGCAGUUGCAUUCCCAGAUCUCUCCAUGUGCAGGAAGUACACCUGGCCCAGGUUGGUGGUCGUAUGGAAAAUACGGUGCAUGCGGCGGCGCUGGGACAGCACUGGGUGCCACUGGAGUCCCUGU